CCGGCUCAGUGUGAGCGCCUGUGCUGGGUGCAGGGACACCGGGGAAUCCGGCGCCGUCUCGCGGUGCUCUGGCGGCCGCGCUGUGGCGGAGACGAGAGGAGGAAUCACAUUCAGUCUCGGUGGAUGUGGGCUUAAAGGAGCCAGAUGAGGAGGUGGACACGCGAGUGCAACAGCGGUGCAAAGGGGAAUUCUAGACAGUGACCGAAGUUUAGUACCGAAGGGGCUUGGAGCAUGGAAAAGGGAAUAGCGGGAGUUAAAGCCACAGAGAUUGUGACCAUGGCUGCUGAGUCGGACGUUCUCUACUUCCAGUUUGAACAGCAAGGAGAUGUGGUCUUGCAGAAAAUGAAUCUGUUGAGACAGCAGAAUUUAUUUUGUGAUGUAUCAAUUUAUAUUAAUGACACUGAGUUCCAGGGGCACAAGGUGAUUUUGGCUGCUUGCUCCACUUUUAUGAGAGAUCAGUUUUUACUCACACAGUCAAAGCAUGUCAGAAUCACCAUCUUGCAGAGUGCAGAAGUUGGCAGAAAAUUGUUACUCUCUUGCUACACUGGAGCACUUGAAGUGAAAAGGAAAGAGCUUUUGAAAUAUUUGACUGCUGCCAGUUACCUUCAAAUGGUUCACAUUGUGGAAAAGUGCACAGAAGCUUUGUCAAAGUAUCUGGAAAUUGAUCUUUCUAUGCAAAACAACAACCAGCACACUGACCUAUGUCAGUCCUCCGAUCCAGAUGUUAAGAAUGAAGAAGAGAAUUCUGAUAGAGACUGUGAGAUAAUUGAAAUUUCAGAAGAUAGUCCCAUAAACAUAGAUUUCCACGUUAAAGAAGAGGAAAACAAUGCAUUACCGUCUACAGUGGAGAGUUUGACAUCAGAGAGACCAGAAAUGAAGUCUCCAGAGCUGUCUAAUGUGGAUAUAGGUUUCAAAGACAACGAAAUUUGUAUCCUCCAUGUCGAGUCCAUCAGUACAGCUGGUGUUGAAAAUGAGCAGUUUUCCCAGCCUUGUACGUCUUCAAAAGCAAGUAUGUAUUUCUCUGAAACACAGCAUUCACUGAUCAACUCUACAGUUGAAAGUAGAGCUGCAGAAGUUCCUGGGAAUCAGGGUCAGGGCUUAUUUUGCGAGAAUGCAGAAGGAAGUCACGGUGCAGUGAGCGAGAUUCACAAUCUGGAGGAGAGUUACUCACUGAGGCACCAGUGCCCCAGAUGUCCCCGAGGAUUUCUGCACGUUGAAAACUACUUGCGCCACCUCAAGAUGCAUAAAUUGUUCUUGUGCUUACAGUGUGGAAAAACGUUUACACAGAAGAAAAACCUAAACCGACAUAUUCGAGGGCACAUGGGCAUACGGCCCUUUCAGUGUUCCGUAUGUUUGAAGACAUUUACUGCUAAAAGCACACUUCAGGACCACUUGAAUAUACAUAGUGGGGAUCGACCAUACAAGUGCCACUGUUGUGAUAUGGAUUUCAAGCACAAGUCUGCUCUUAAAAAGCACUUAACUUCUGUCCAUGGCAGAAGCAGUGGUGAAAAACUACCUAGGCCUGAUCUCAAAAGGCAAAAUCUUCUAUGAUUGGGACCACAGACUUGCUGUAUAAACCUUGUAUCAUUCUGUUAGGCAAGUCUUCCUUGGAAAUGCAGUCUUUGUAAUAUUGUACCUCUUCCCCCCAUCUUUAGGUUUUACAUUUCAUCUUCCUACACAUGUUAUUCUUUUUGAACUUCUAAAAGUUUGGAAGUGGUGGGAGGCAUGAACUAGCUGAGGGGUUCUGUUUCAUCUCAUACACUAUGUGAAAUCCCAGAAGCAUACUUAGAGUUAUAGUAUUCCUCUCUUAACUCUUCUUAAUGCUAAUGACAGAUGAUCCAGUAGUAUUUGUAGGUUCUGAAUUAGACUUUCUAGAUAAUCAAUUGCAGUGUAAAGUCCAACCAUGUAAGAACUUUAAUGAAUUCAGGUAACAAGAAGCAAAAGUAAGUGUAAGAACAGUGCUAGUCAUUUUCAAAACAGGACUAGUAAAAAGUUGAGUUUUUUUAAAAUUUUAACCAACUGUUCUUGGGUUGUGAGAUCACCAAGAUACCUGUUGUCUUAAUCUAUAAAGAAACACGAUUCUCAGUCACUUGAGAGUAGUAUAAAUUCCUUAUAAAGAGUUGAUAUUCCAUAAAAUACUUUUUUCCCCCAUUAGUUAUUAGUAUACAGACUUUGGAAAUAAUUGGAACCAUUUCUUGCUUUCAUUUAAUACAGUUGAAUGUAAUAAUUUUGUGGCCAGUGGAAUGAUAAUAUUGGCAUGAAGCUACGAAAAGUUUUCUUGGAAAUUCUGAUUUUACCAAAGAUAGUCAAUUGUUCCUUUUAAAAAAAAAAUCUAGUUUAUUUUACUUUUUGUUUUGAUUACACAUGGUAAAAUUUAGCUUUCUUUUUUGGUGAAUGGUUUUAUGAAUCUUGACACAGGUAUGGAUUUGUGCACCUACACUGCAGUUGGUAUAGAACAGUUUGUUUACCCUCAGAAGCUCCAUCGUGCUUACCCUUUGUAGUCAAACCCUCUUCGCUGUAAAACACAGCAACAUUUCUCCUUUGCUAUACUUUUGCCUUUUCUGGAAUGGCAAAUAAAUGGAAUCUUAUGAUACGUCCCAUCUUGAGAGAUUUUUUUUUCACUCUGCGUAAUGCCUUUGGGGCUUACCCAUAUUGUGUGUAUCAACAGUUCAUUCCCUGUCUUAUUUUGAGUUGCCAAUAUAGGUUAGUUCUAGCUGUCACUGGAGGAAUAGUUUAAACACAGAUAGCUUCUAGUGUUACAAUUUUUUCACUUACCUUAAUGCUGUUUUCUCAUUCAUUGUAUGUUAACAAAAAUCUUAAACAUCCCUAGAAUUUUAUUCUGUUUCCAGCAAACUGCCAAAAGCAGUUUGUAGUGAGGCUAAUAUUUCAGAUUGUAUUCUGAGCUGUAGCUCUCUAACAUCCCUGUAUACAUUAUAAUAUGAAAUAUUUUUGCUGUUGUAACAAAGAUUAAAAUAUUUUACAGGGCAAAUCACUUUCUUUAAAACACAGGAACUACUUUUAAUAAAGAAGCCUGACUGGAUAUAUCUUUCUUUCAAAGUGUUCUGUUCCUCUUCCAUUGAACUCAGCUUCAUGUAGAAUUUCUACUGUAUUCAGUUGCUAUUGAAGCCCUGCCAUAUUUUAAAAUGUAAAUAAUUUAUACUGUUUUUAUGAAUUUUGUGAAGAAUCAUGCUGAUUGUUAUAUAAAUGCUAAUUAUCCUUUUCAUGAUACUUUUGUGAGAAAGGUAUUCUCCAUCACGUUUUAACUUGGAGAGAGACUUUUUAAAAAUCCUGGUCUCGUGUUUGAUGAGAAAAUUGACUUCCUGACCCCAGGUCAUUUGUGGGUGACAUUGUGCAGGUCAUCUCUCCUUGAACCUUUCUUAACUGUAUGUAUGUAUGAUAAUAAUGGAUCUUGAUAAUUUGUAAGAUCAUUUCAAGAUCAAAGGUUCUAUCAUUUUAUACUUAAUCCUUCUUGAGAACAGAGUUUUGUGUCUUCAUGAUCAUUGGUAUUUGAGUAUUCCCUUGGAGACAGAAUUUUCUAAAGUAGUGUUUUUCUUCCACUGCAUAAUAGAAGAGCUCAGUGCUUAAUUUCCUUUCCCAUGUGACUUAAUAGUGGUCAUUGGUAGGUGUGAGAAUACUUCCUUUUCAGAAAUAGUUUACUUGUGAUUGGAGUACUUAUUUUUGCCUACUAGUGUGAAAUUCAGCAGGGGAGGGCUGGGGAUGGGAAGACAGGGCAAAAGAAUAGUAAAAAACCUGAUUUUUUAGGAGUUGAUAUCUACUAACUUGGAUGUUUGAAGGAUUUUGGUUGAAAUUAUGUUUUAAGUUUCAUGUGUGCCUUGUAAGAUUGUUGUAAAUUUUUUUGUGAGCACUUUGAGAUUUUUGCUUGGGGCAAGGGAGUUUUGUAAAAGUGAUGGUUAUUUAUAUUAUUUAUUCCUGUUCAGUAGCACAUUCUUAGGAGAGUAUCUGUUUGCAUGAUAUGUCUUAAAAUUUUUCAAGGAAAUGAAAUCUUUUUUAAUAUGCAGAUAUGGCAAAGAAAAGUGUAAAAUUUAUUCAUUUAAACUUCACUUUUAGUUGUCUUUCUUAUAUGACAGAAAUAUGCAAUAUGUUUGAAUUCAGCCUCUUCAUUUACUACAUUUAUGUAUUAAAAAAAGAUCUUGAAAAGGUAGCAGUUACUUUGUUGUAAGAGAAAAUUUCUUCCCUUUUUCCUUGGAUGUAAUUCUUACAUGUUUACAUAAGAAAUAAACUGGAGGUGGGAAUGGUCAA